UAGCUCUUUGCUGCGGCAUUCAAACAGGAAACUAUUGAAUUGAAAUAUGCCGAAAGCACCUAAACCUAGAUUACAGCACGCCCCUUUGUAUAAGGACAUUGCUGAUUCGUCUGAGACGGGAAUUCUACGACAGAAGUCGAGUAAGCAACAAAAAGGAAAAGAAAAUGUAGACAGAAAUGGAUAUAUGGACGCGAAAGCAUCCAAACGAAUUUUACAAUUGGCUAGAGAACAGCAAGAAGAGCUAGAACAGGAAGAAUCUGGCGAAAACCCAAAAGCUCUUACUGAAGAAGAUGGAUUCCCACAGAUGUCUCACGAGAAGGAUACGCUUGAAAAUCCAGCCAUUGAGCCAAAGGAUGAAGAAGAUGAGUCGGAGCGAUUUGAAGCCGCUUCCAAUGCUAGCGACAGCGAUGAAUUCGAAGAAGACGAUGAAUAUGAAGAACUAGAUAUUGACGAAACGGAUCGCAAACUUUUUGAUAAAUUUUUCCCAGAAAACAAUGAUCAAGAAAAGAAUGAAGCACCUCAAGAACAAUCAACAAACCUCUCUGAUUUGAUUUUGCAAAAAAUUAGCGAGGCUGAAGCUCGUUCACGAGGCGAGCAUGUUCCUACAGCUGAGGAAGAAGAAGAAGAGACAAUGCCUCCCCUUCCCCCUAAAGUGAUUGAAGUCUACUCAAAAGUAGGUGUUUUGCUGAGCAAAUACCGUUCAGGAAAAAUUCCCAAGGCAUUCAAGAUCAUCCCUAGCUUGUCGAAUUGGGAAGAAAUUUUGUAUAUUACACGUCCUGACACAUGGACCCCUCAUGCCUGUUAUGAGGCUACUCGUAUUUUUAUUUCGAAUUUGAAACCCAUUCAAGCUCAGCACUUCUUGAACGUGAUUCUUCUUGAAAGGGUUCGUGAAGAUAUCCAAACUAACAAAAAAUUAAAUUAUCAUUUAUAUAUGGCUUUGAAGAAGGCUUUGUAUAAACCUUCGGCUUUUUUUAAAGGAUUUUUGUUUCCUCUUGUGUCGGAAAACUGUACUUUACGCGAAGCUGCCGUCAUUGGUAGUGUUUUAGUAAAAGUUUCUGUCCCUGUCCUUCAUUCUGCUGCUGCCUUACUUCGCUUAACAGAGUUUGAUGUUAAUGGUGCCAGCUCCGUUUUUAUCCGAAUUUUAUUAGACAAAAAAUAUGCAUUACCUUACAAGGUUUUGGAUUCACUCGUUUUCUACUUUAUGCGCUGGAAAGCUUUGGAUCGUCCUUUGGCUGUUUUAGAACAUCAGUCAAUGCUCGUCUUCGCUCAACGCUACAAGUUUGAUAUUACCCCUGAACAAAAGGAUGCACUUUUAGAGGUUGUACGUGUUAAAGGCCAUUAUUCCAUCGGCCCUGAAAUUCGUCGUGAAUUGGUUAACAGUGCUAGUCGUGGCGAAGAAAUCCCCCAGGAUAUGGAAGAGUAUUGAUAGGUUUUGCGGGUUGGUAUAUCGGGUUAAUUAUAUAAUACUUGUUUUAUUUUUGGUCAUAUUUUAAUAAAGAAUCAUUUUUUUGGUCUUGGAGCUCUUUAAGAC